GUAGUGUGUUCUUGUGGCAUGAUGAUGAUGUGCCGUCUCUGAGACUCAGACAAAACAAAGAGCGUGUCUCUCCCUCUUUCUCUGUCUCAGAGGCAACAUUCUAUUCAACAAUGGAGGAGGAGAAGCAGCAGCGUUUGAAACCACGCCUUGAACGGCGAAACGCCAUGAAGAACAUCAACUACAAAGUUGACUACAUGCACUUCCACAAUAACCAAACCAGCUUCCGUGUCAAGGGAGUCGACGGAGAAUUCGACCACAUCUUCCGAACACUUGGCCUCUCUGGACCUGAAGACUUUGCCAUACCUACCGCAGCUUGGGAACAAGCACAGAAGACUCGCUCUGCUGCUUCAUCUCCUCAUGCUCACCAUGAUCAUAUUCAUGGUGUAAUGCUUCAAAGGGACAUCAACAACAAUAACAACAACCUUAUUUCCUCCGAACAUGAGUCAAAGUCAAAGGUUGUUUUGGGUCAGAAUAUCAGGGAUGUGGUGGGGAUUAAGGGUGUUAGACCUCCCGUUCUGGCGCCGCCGCCGGCGAUGUUGCGGUCACUUGUUAUUGUUGACGAGGUCACUCCCACUUGGGAUUUGAUGAGGUCACUCGCCCCCCAACAUGAUCAUGAUCAUGAUGAUGAUGGUGAUAGUGAUGUUAUUUGUGAGAGUGGAAUGGAUCAAAAGGUUUCUUCUGAUAUGGAUAUGGUUGUUAGUGACGAGUCUUUUCACAGUGUCUCCCCAAAUGGGUCUUUUAGAAGGACUUUCAGCUCAUGGCAAAAGGGUGAAAUUUUAGGGAAGGGGUCCUUUGGAACCGUGUAUGAAGGUUUCACUGAUGAUGGAAUCUUUUUUGCAGUAAAGGAAGUGUCUUUGCUGGAUGAUGGAAGCCAGGGCAAACAGAGCAUUUUCCAGCUUCAGCAGGAAAUAUCUCUUCUGAGUCAGUUUGAGCAUGAGAAUAUAGUUCGAUAUCUUGGCACGGAUAAGGAAAGUGAUAAGCUUUAUAUCUUCCUUGAGCUUGUUACAAAAGGAUCAUUGGCAAGACUCUAUCAAAAGUAUCGUUUAAGAGACUCUCAAGUUUCUGUAUACACAAGGCAAAUAUUAAGUGGCUUAAAGUAUCUUCAUGAUCGUAAUGUGGUUCACAGGGAUAUCAAGUGUGCCAAUAUAUUGGUUGAUGCAAAUGGGUCCGUCAAGCUUGCAGAUUUUGGGUUGGCGAAGGCAACCAAAUUGAAUGAUGUUAAAUCGAGUAAAGGCUCCCCAUACUGGAUGGCUCCUGAGGUUGUUAACUUAAGGAACCGUGGUUAUGGACUAGCAGCUGAUAUAUGGAGCUUAGGGUGCACAGUUUUAGAGAUGUUGACACGGCAACCUCCUUACUCUCAUUUGGAAGGAAUGCAAGCGUUGUUUCGGAUUGGCAGAGGUCAACCUCCACCUGUUCCGGAAUCUUUAUCAAAAGAUGCUCGCGAUUUCAUUCAUAGAUGCUUACAAGUUAACCCAAAUAAGCGACCGACUGCUGCUCAGUUAUUGGAUCAUCCAUUUGUCAAGAGACGACUUCUAUCUCCACUUCUAUCUCCCAUUAGUCCUGUUUCUCCACGUAUUAAUCUUCUACUGUCUUAGGAGAUCUCAAUCGCACGAAUUUGCCAUGAAGAAAUUCAGAUUCAUCCUCAAAUUUUCACCGUUGAUCCCAUGCAAGCAAAAUGAUGCAGUUCUCAGGGUUUAAGCUUGUGGAAUUGUUGAUAACUACUGCAGUUGGACCCUACAAUCUAAAGCUGGUUUGGUUAUAAUCACAUUUGGUUAUAAUCCCCGGUGAAGGAGUAUCUCUUAUCUCACAAGGGGUUUGUGUUGACCGGAAAUGUGAAGUUAGUGGAGAUUAAGCGUGUUCUUGGAUAAAAGUUGAGUGUAGUGUGUAAACAGAUUUUCCUUCCAAUAAAGUUCCAUUCACUUUUGUCUCAAAGUGGUGCGAACGAGUAUGCAAACAUAACACAAGGAGAUGGGACUCUGCAUUUCUUAUGCCAAGUACACAGCCACCAGUAGAGAGCUAUGGUCAUGUUUUGAAGUUCCCCUUGUCAAGCAAUGGUUAUUGGAUCAUCUGGCUUUGUCACAGGAUCUCAUGUUAUAGUGUUUUGUUUGUGUGGACAUUCUAACAGUCGCAAGUGUGGCCUAGUUGCUAGUACUUCUAGUGAUAGGAUCAUAGGAAUGUACCCCUUGACAUGUAAAUAGCUAGCCAAAAAAACGAAGUAGUUACUUGACAUAGUUUUUUUUCCCACGAGUUCAACAGUAACGUUCACACUUUGACAA